AUGUCUUCCCGUAAGUAUAUCAAGCCUUCAAGUUCGAGCACCAAACCUCGGGGAUCAAAUUCAGCUACUCGUGAUAUCGAGGAAGGUGACUAUGAACUUAAGAUCCAAAAAAUCCGCGUGACCGUUCAUACCACAGGCAAGUUCUUCCCAAGCGACACUCGCAGUGGAAACCAUGCCUCAAUCUACCUUCUCACAUCAAAUAAUGCUUCGGUCCGUCUUAACAUGGCAAAAUUAUCAGCAGACGCCACAAUGGGCACAUAUCAGACGAUAUAUUGCAGUUAUCAAGACACCAAUAGCUCGCUGAAAGACUUCGAUCUCAAAGCUACGGGUCGAGGAUUAACAGUUGGGCACGUUUUAGGGCUGGUCGAAGAGAAGAAUCGUGAUAAGUAUAAGCUUGCUCGCAGUGGCCUGGGCUGUAGACACUGGGUGAGAACCAUUAUUAAUGACCUUCACGAAGCCGGGUAUAUCUCAUCUUCAAGUCCUCUCUCAACCGAAGACGCUCUUAAUGCCUUGAAAUAUAAUUACUCGAAAGGCAAAAAUCCUGAGCGAGAAGACAUUGAUCCGGGUACUUUCGUAUCAGAUAUACCAAAGAAAGUGAAGAAAAUAAAGAAAACUGAUACAACAGGCACUGGAUCUGAAUCUCACAGAAGCACGGGCUCCGGCUCUGAAGGAGGACGACGUCGUUAA